GAUGCGUCGUUUGGGCUGAGUGCCAGUCCAAGAAGCACAAGCGAUCAAAUGUUAUCACUUUUGUCUCCACCUUAUGGCAAGCAUAUAAGUAUUUCGAACGCACCUUGUACUACCUACCACCCAUGCAGUGUGGCGUGAUACACGUCGCACUUUUCAAUCUCUUUGCACCAUGCCAAGCACGACGACUGCCUCAUUCCUGCACUCGCAGCCCACGGCAACCCUACACCACCACUUCCCGUCGCCCCGAUGGAACGGCGGUCACUUGCCACUACGCUGCCAACGAGCAUCUGCCUAUCAUAUCCCCCCUAUGUUAGUCUUACGGCCACUUCAUUCUCACUUCGGCGAGUCCCUGUCAAACUAUCACAUGUGCAGUCGUGACCAUUGCGCCAAGUACGCCAAGAUCCUAGGCCUGUGCUUGGCGCACUGUGGCGUUGUCCCGACGCCACCUUCCCCCGUCACACGGCUGCCGUCGACGUUCACAACUGCCGAAACGACCCCGAAGACGCGGAAAAUAGUGUCGUUGAGGCCAUGCAGCUUCGACGGAUGCUCCAAAGCCGCCAAGCGCAAGGGUGUUUGUAUGGACCACGGCGGGCGACACUUUUGCAAAGUGGACAAGUGCCACAAGUGCGCGCACAAGGGUGGGUUCUGCAUCAGUCAUGGCGGUGGCCGGCGGUGCGCCAUCGACGGCUGCGGGAAGAGCGCGCAAGCGGGCGGCACCUGCUACAGCCAUGGGGGCGGCAAGAACGGAAGCCGGAUCUACUGCAAGUGGGACGACUGCCACAAGUGCGCCCACAAGGGUGGGUUCUGUAUUGCCCACGGCGGCGGUCGCCGCUGCGACGUGGAGGGGUGUACCCGAAGCGCCCAAGUCGGCGGAUCAUGCUACAGCCACGGGGGUGGCAAGCGCUGCCAGGUGGACGGGUGCAACCACGCGGGUCGAUUGCAGGGGCUAUGUAUUCGCCACAAAAAAGUCAGCGACGCGGAUGCGUUGAGCGUCAGUCCUGUCCAAGCGGAGCGGAUCGCGUAGAAUAAUUUAACGGUAAUGUAGUGUUGAUGUGAUCUCAAA